GGAUUUCAUACCCGGCAACCAAAUUCAAAUGUCUGAAAAGAAAAAGAGCAAAAGCAAAAGCCACACACACACCCCUUUCCCUCUGUUUUUCACUUGAAAAUAGAACUUGCACUGUAUCAGGUCACCCAUAUAUGUUACCACAUCAAUUUCCUACAAGACGACCAAAAUCAAAACCCAGCAAAAAUAUGGGUUCUUGCAUAAGCAAAUGCAGUCCCAAAAACCACUUCCAAGUCGAAGAAGAUGAUCAAUUCUGCAAUCAUGUCCAAGACAAACUGGUAAUCUCGACCCAACCUCCUAAACCUACCACUCCAAUUCCUUCUCACCAUUCAAACAAGAUCUCACCCUUUCCUUCUUCUCCUUCAAAUUCCACUUCCUCAGCUUCUUCCUUCAGUUAUUGCCCCACCACCACUACUAGUAGUACUACUAAUUCUAACUCCACCAUCAGCUCAUCGAGCUCAACCUUGUCAAGCAGCGCUUCUUCAGUUUCGAGCAGUUCAAAGAUCGACAGAUCAUUUUCGAACGAGUUCUUGUGGUCUUGCUACAAAGAAAACCAGCAUAUAUCUCGCAUUGCUUCAAUCAAGGAAGCACAAAAACCAGUUGCAGCGGCAACGUUGAAAAAACAGCAGCAGCCGAGCCCAAUAAACAGAGGAAAUGGGUGUACUAAAACGACGCCGCAGAAGAGAGUCCGGACAAGUACUUCACCAACUCUGAAGCGACAGAAGAGCUUCCGUAAAGAGCCCGAGAAGCCCGUGAUCUCUGCAUAUUCUAGAAGCUUGAGGUCACCGUCUCCGAGUAGAAGGUUCAAUGUUUCAGAGAAGAACAGGGGAACAGUAAUGGCCAACCCGCCAAAAAAGGGCUCAAAUCUUAGGCCGGCUAGUCCGAACAACAACCCAAGUGGGUUAAUGGCUCGGCCUUGUUUGAAGAGUCCUGCGAGAGAGACACAGACAAGGAUUCACAGGAUCAGUUCCAAAAUCGAUGAAGUUGCUGUUAGAGAAGCUCUGGCUCAUGACCAUUACAUGGAGUCUGUUACUGAGGACAUUGAUAACCCUCUAAUCUCUUUGGAUUGUUUUAUUUUCUUGUAGAAUUUCUUGUUCAGUGUGAUAGACAAGUUUUGAUUUCCUUCAUUAAUUAUGGGUUUAGCAUUGGUUUGAAUGGAUUAAACCCUCCUGUAUAUUUGUUUGGUUUGAUUUCUUGGGUUGUACUCGCCGUAUAUUCUAUUGUAUCUUAUGAUGGUGUUCUUGCAA